AUGCUCUCGUGCACGGCCCCAGUCGUUCCCGUCCCUCGUCGCAGUCGCAGGUGCCCUCACGCUCAGGCGCUCCAGAACGACAAGACGGACAGUGACAGCAAAAGGAGGAAGAACGCGUGUACUACUCGCUCUGCUGAUGGCUGGACGCCUCAUCCGUGCGACGUGGCUACACGGAAGAAACGGCGACGACAGGGUGAAGUUUUUUGGACGCAGCCGCAACGCCAGAGCGACGACGACGACCACAGAGACAACGGAGAGGGCGCAGGAAGAGACACAGGCAGCAAAGAGCGCGACACAGCAAAAGCUGAAGGAACCAACGAGACGCGGACGGAGGUUCAUUUGUCAAGCCCAAGCGCAGCGGUGCUCCCUCGUUCGCCACAGGUCCCGACGUCGUCAAUGGCGCGACCGUUUGGGGAACUGACGAUCGAGUCGAGUGUGGACACAGCGUGUCCGGCUGCCAGAGAUGGCUACAUGUACUCCUGGGGCAGCAGUCCUGCUAGUGAUGUGUUCUAUCCCGAGACUCGAGAUGCGCGCGGUAUUGGCGGCGGAAAACAUGCUGCUGGUGGUUCUACGACGACGACCGCUGCCAGUACUCGUCGAGGCAGCAGCACGGGACGUGUCUGGGGUCGGGCGCUGAGUGUCGCGCAGAAUGCUGACAACGGCACGACAAUUGCAGCUCUCGUGUCUGCAACGCCAACGACCGUGUGGGACACGUUUUUGCAGACUGUUGGUGCUUUUGCCGAUGAACCGGCAGUUGCGGGACGGGAGUCAGUAGCAGCUCGAACCCGUCGUGGUGUGCAGACGCUGGAUGGUGAGCCCACGACACACGCAAUGUACUCGUGGGCACAACAUGCAGUGCGCGUGCGCUGUGUGGCAAGGACGUUGUUGCGAGUGGGGUUUCAAGCCGGAGAAGGAGUGGUCAUCUGUGCACAAGCUAGUCCGUUACUGCAUGCGAUGAAUCUUGCAGUCGUGUCGUUGGGCGGCGUAGUUGCUCACGUACGCAGCUCAUGGAGCGUGCGUGAACUUCGGGACGAUAUUUUACCGACGGCGGAUGCGACAAUUGUGGUUAUCGACUCGCUCGAAAACAACUUUCGAGAAGCCAUGGAAGCUCUCUACGAUGAGCGUCAGGCUCUCGGAAGACCGAUUCGAGCCGUGGUGGUUCUUGGAGGCUCAGCUGCACUAGACUCUGCUAUCGCGGAUCUACGUGACAGUAGUAUCACUGUCAUUGGAACGAAAGAUCUGUACGCAAUGAGCGCGCUCGCGACCGAGGAGGCCGGCAUUACGUCUUCGCUUGAUGCAUUAGCGUAUGGAGUACUGCCAGACCAAUGCUGCUUGCUGUCUUUUAACUACGACAGUCGGGGCCGUGUUCGGGGUGCAGAGCUUUCUCAUGACAAUGUGAUGUUCACGGCAGCUGCCUUGGUCCGGAGCUUUGGCUUGACCAGCCGCGAUCGGAUCGUAGGGUACCUGCCGCUGCAUCACGUGGCGUCGCAAGUGCUGGAGUUUUACGUGCCUCUCAUCGCAGGACUGACGGUGGUGUGUGCGCCGACGUACAAUCUGCCUCUUGUACGAGUAGUCACCGAGCACAAGCCAACCGUGUUUUUUGCAGCGCCUGCAACGUGGACGCGCUUUAGCCAACAAGUCUAUUGCGCCAAAGGCGACGUGAAUGCGACCAUCUACCGCUGGGCCAAGACACGCGCUACUAACAAUUCACAGAAGCUGCUUUUUGCCAAAGGCAAGGGAGGCAGGCGUCGCAGUAUAGGCUACAUGCUUGCCAAGGCGCUUGUACUUAACAACAUCAAGAAGAAGAUUGGACUCAAAAGUUGCGCUGCCUGCUAUUCCGUGUUAGCACCACUCGACUUCGAGCUUGAGCGGCUAUUUAAAACAGUUGAUACGCCGAUAUACCAGCUCUUUGGCACUGCCGAGACGUCCGGGUUUGCUGCGAUUAAUUUCCCACACGCUUGGGAGUUCGGUAGCUCUGGUCGUGCGCUGCCCGGUACUACGAUUCGCUGCGACGAGCGCUCUCAGGAAACAGUGCUCCGUGGCCGCAACGUCUUUUUAGGUUACCGAAGAAAUACACGUCGACGCGUGACCCAGACAAACGGAUCUGGUGCUGCUGUCAUGGAGGACCAACGCGCGUCGAUGCGUGACCCGGACGGGUGGCUUCGUCUCUGGCAACGUGGGUUUCUGACCCCAACAUGUUUCCUCAAAAUCAGCGACCCGCGAGACUUUGUCGUUCUCGCAUCAGGUGACUAUGUUCCGAUCCAGCCUUUCGAGCAUUCGAUGAUGGAGUUGAUGCCAGAACUUGGUCGUGCCAUGCUCGUCGGUGACGGCCGUACGUUUUUAAGCGCACUGUUCUUUCUGAAAACCAACAAAGUGGGUUUUCGAGCAGCAGUACCAGCGAAUAAACACAUUAGGAGUCAACCAUUGGACGAAGACGCUUUGAAAAUCAGUCGAAGUAUUGGCAGUUCUGCUUCCACAGUUACGGAAGCUAUUUGCUGCCAGCAGUGGGCUGUACAUUUUGACACGGUGCUGGAAAAACUACCUCAAGUCUGUUCCAUAUCCGGCUAUCGUAUUCGCAAAUGGAUUUUGAUGGCGGCCGACUUCUCCGUCGAAUCAGGCGAGCUCGACCCGGACACAGGUGCCGUACGCCGUCGCGUCGUGGACUACAAGUAUCAGGCACUGCUUGACUCCGUGUACAGCUAA